GUUUCUUUUUCAUUCUUUUUAGAACUUAUAUCCCCCUCUACAUUCACUCGCAUACUUGCCAUUCUUUCACCCACAACCACCAUCAUUUUUUAUUUUUUUUAUUUUCGUUCCUCUAUAAGCGAUUGUCUCCAAAGUGUGAGGCAGUCAGCCCAUAAAUAAAAAACGCCAUGGCCUCACAGCAGCAACCGCAGGGCCAGAGUGUUAAUACCACGAUAAGAUCGCGUUCUACUACCAAUACAACAGAAUCAACAGCAACACCACCACCAAGACCAGGACAAAGGUUUACAAGAAAUGGAAACCUACAUAAUAAGGAACGAUUACCAAGUACGCGUCUUGCAAAGUUAUUACUGUGGGUCCUGCUGAUUCAUGUGGGUGCCAUCUAUCUCUUCACUCGAGGAUUUCUCCUUUCCAGAUCAGUCUUGGAUUCCAAAAGUGAAUGCAACAACACUGUAGUGGAUGAAUCCUUCUAUGACGAUGCAUACUUUCGUACUCAUUCAAAUGGAAAUGGAAAUGAGUGCUGGUACCCACAGCAAUACAAAAAAGCUGUAAUCAUCGUCAUUGACGCGUUGCGGUUCGACUUUGUAGUGCCCCAUCAUGAACUACAUGAGAAUGAUCAACGCGAGCCCUAUUAUAUCAACAAAUUGCCGGCGAUCCACAACUUGCUCCAAAAGCAGCCCGACAACACCCUAGUCUUUCAAUUCGUAGCAGACCCACCAACAACAACUCUUCAACGUCUCAAAGCCCUGACCACAGGUACACUACCGACCAUUAUCGAUGCUGGAUCCAACUUUGCCUCCUCGGCCCUUAAAGAGGACAAUUGGCUCUCUCAAUUUGAGGCUUCAAGAGGUCGGGAUCGAAUCUUGUUCAUGGGCGAUGAUACCUGGACAGGAUUGUUUCCACAAGUCUUGACUGUCAAUAAUUCACACGCCUUCCCAUCAUUUGAUACACAUGAUCUGGAUACACUCGAUAAUGGUGUUAUGAAGGCAUUGGGCCCCGCAUUGGAAGACACUACAAAGUGGGAUCUGUUGAUUGCUCAUUUCUUGGGCGUAGAUCACUGUGGACAUACAUAUGGACCAGAUGACCCUCAUAUGGAAAUCAAAUUGACUCAGAUGAAUGAACAAAUCGAGAAGGUCAUCCAAAGUAUCUCGGACGAUACAUUGGUGGUGAUUAUGGGUGAUCACGGUAUGAAUGGACAUGGGGAUCAUGGUGGAGACAGUGAUGAUGAGGUUGAGGCAGGAUUAGUGAUUUAUUCCAAACGCAAGCUAGUCAAUAACCGCGGCCUGUUGGAUAAGUUCUCAUUGGGCAAGGACAUCUUACAGUACUCUAAAAAACCGGUUGGAGGUCGUGUUUACAGGACAGUGACCCAGAUUGAUUUGGUUCCAACUCUUUCUUUACUCUUGGGGUUGCCCAUUCCGUUCAAUAACUUGGGAGCUGUCAUUCCAGAGUUGUUCCUCUCAGCAAAGAACCCUGAUCAAGCUAUUCGGGAUCUGUUGCGGGCCAUGCGUCUGAAUGCAGCUCAGGUAGCGACGUAUUUCCAGUCUUAUAGGGCGCUUCAUCCGACAUCCGAUAUUGCACUGGCCAUGGAGACCGAGUUUGGAGCUCUGUUUGAGCAUGCAGAAACAUUCAUGAAGGAAAUGUUUUCUGGACAAGAUCAUCACCGACAAACAACAAAGCAACUAGUUGAAGCAUUAACACUGUAUUCAGAAUACCUUCGAACUUCAUUGACAUCCUGUAAGCGGAUUUGGGCUCAUUUUGAUGUGCCACUGAUGGCUGCUGGUGGAGGGAUCUUAUUAGCGAGUUGUCUAUGUCUGUUACUUCAUAUCACGCUCUUCAAAUCUGUGGGCAUGGCUCCCAACUUGGAGAAGUUUCUGGCAGGCGGAACACUUUUGGGUAUUACACUAUCACGACAUCUGAAACCUCUGUUGCUUCAGAUUCAGACUGUUCAAGAAUCGUCCUUGGGAUUACUCGACAUCAUGAUCUUUUCUAUGGCAACAUUCUCCAUCUUGGGAUUUCUUCUGAGUAUGAUCAUGCAAGGAAAGGAGUUGGCUAAGCAAGGCUCAUGGAGCUUCACUAGCUUUGCUAAAUCAAGGCGGCGAUGGUGGUGGCCACCAUUAUCAGGAUUCUUGGCUUGCCUGUUCAUUUUCGUGAACUGUUUGAUCUUUGCGUCGAAUUCGUAUAUUGUUCACGAGAGUACAUUCGUAAUUGGGUUCUUGCAGACUUUUGGGGUUAUUGGACUUUUGUUCUCACUGCGAGUUCCUAACAAGGCAGCUAGGAUAAAAGCCGUGAUCCUGUCCUUGUCAUUUAUGGUCAUGACCCGGGUCUUAUCCGCAUCAACAGUCUGUCGUGAAGAGCAAGGGGAUCUGUGUUUACCUACGUAUUAUGCAUCUGCUCAACAAUCUGUGCCAUCACAGUGGUCGCUAGUAGCCUUGGUAGCCAGUGGAGCAGUGACGCCAUAUUUGAUCCGCCGGCUCUUGAGUAUGACGAAAUCCAUGAAUGGAAUUGCGUUGCUAUGGAUUGAUUAUGGACUCCGAUUGGGAAUCAUUUUGGGGACGUUGUAUGCAGUAUUAGAUCAUGAAGGGACAAAGGCUUUGGUCGACUCUGACGGAACUGGAGGCUCAAGGGGCGCAAGAGAAGGAAAUGCGUUUGAUCCGUUGAUGGCUGAAAUGAAUCAGGAAGGGGGCAAGUACAUGUGGGCAAAAACAACUCUGGUCCGGAUUGCAUUUGGAUUUGCGCUUUUAGUCGGCCCAGCGGCUUGGUGGGCAAGUCCUCUGUGUAUGGAUAUCCAGACUGUGGAUGUUCCUGUGGAUUCUAAUGUCCCCUCAGCAACAACAACAGCGGCAGCAGCUACGAAACGUAACAACAAAAAGUCUUCUGCAUCGUCUUCUGCGACAUCGGCGCCUGCAACACAACGUCGGGUAUAUAUUUAUGGAUAUGCCAACGCCUUUGGGGCUAGUUACUUUGUGGCAUUGACGAUGGUGUUCCUUUUCGUAAUUUUGACUCAGAAGCCCUUAGGAGUAAUCGUGUUGACAGUUGGGUUAGCACAGAUUGCAUGUUUGGUCGAAAUGGUAGAUAUUUGGAGGGAUGCGGAUUUUGCGGUCUGGCAACUUGGGAUUGUGGAGAGGAUUCAAGCCGAGACAGAAGCACAAGCACAAGCAGCAACAGGAGGGGGAGCGACAGCAAAUAGUCAAGAGUCUUCUUCAGAUUCUGUAACGGCAGAGGUAUUGGCCCAGCAUCCACAGCCUCCAACGCUGAAUUUAUUGUUGCCAACGGUGGUUUUAUCCUUGAUGGGCAACCUCUUAUUCUUUGCGACGGGCCAUCAAGCGACAUUAUCAUCCAUUCAAUGGUCAUCAGCCUUUAUUGGAGUGCCUACGCUCAAUUACGUCUUUUCACCGAUCUUAGUGGUUGUGAAUACAUUGGGUCCGUUCUUGAUAUGUGCAGUGGCACUGCCCUUGGUAGUGUUGUGGAAGUUGCCACCAAAAGCUGACAGGUUAGGCAAGAUUGUGUUGUUCCCAGAGCUCACAAGACUUUGUUUGAUGAUGAUGAUGCACCAAUCGUUAGUCCUGGUGGCGAACAUGUUUUUCACCGGAGGAAUGUUUAGACGUCAUCUGAUGGUGUGGAAGGUAUUUGCACCGAGGUUUAUGUUGCAAGCGAGUGCAUUGUUAAUGAUGGAUUUGGUGUUGGUGGUCGUAGCAGUGUUGAUCAUCCUGAGUCGAGUGGUUAGAGAAGUCACCCAGGUCCUGUCUGUUCGGAUAGUUUAAAACAAAAAGC